UUUCGGUCAAAGUCGCAGUUCUCAUUGAAACCUCGAGGUAUUAGAAACAAAUAGUGCUAUCACACCGAUUUAAUUGAUUGCAAAGGCCACUGAAUUAUAUUUGGUCAGAAUGCCUCCACCGUAUGAAGAACGUCACCAUCAUCACCACCACCACCACCACAACCGUCCUAUUGUUGAGGUGGAUAUUGUUAGCCCUUUUAGACGACCCUAUGUGGCAAUACCUCCUCCACGUGUCACCACAGAAGUUGUAAUAAUACCUCCUCCUCAGCCACGUCCACCACCACCCAGGCAAGAGGUUGUUGUUGUUGUGCCACAGAGUCGUCCACCAGCCCCUGAACACUGGGAUAAUUCUCGACGAUGGUGAUUGGUCUGAGUUAUUACGGGCAACUAUUAAACAGCCUUAAUAGAAUUGCAUAUUUGUCGUGAAUGAAAUAAAGUGUAUAUUAGAAAUCAAAUUAGGAAAAUGAGGAAAAUGUAUGAUAAAAUGAAAAAUUGUUAAU